AGUAUGAAUAUACCAUAUUUUAAUUAUUUUUCUAUAUGUUAUAAAAAAAAUGGAUACAGUGUCGCAAAGGCUUUUUGGUAAUUACAGAUAUAUUUGUGUAAAUGUUGGGUUGACCUCACACACACUGCACAUCACCCAAUGUGCCGCAUAUAUACCAUUCGUGUUCACUGUGAAGGUACACAAUAUCGACGGGAAAAAAUAUGUUUGAACCAGCGUGUUAGAUUUGGAGUCGUCAGCCGUGCUUUUAAGUUCAAAUGACCAACCGGAUAUGCUUAACACUGCUACAUCCGCUCCAGUCAGCCUUGACAUAUUUGUGGACAGGCGUGUGAGGAGGCGGAGGAGGAGGAGAGCUGGGAGUGCCAUGCUCCUUCUGUCACCCCGUAGACUGGUCUAACUCGUCACCGAACGUUUCGGACUAAACAAUGUUGUUGAGUUUCAGUAAAGAAUAGGCAGUUGGAAUUAACAAAUAAAGUAAGGAGAGCAGAGGAAAGGCGUUCGGCGUGAACGACUUAGGUGUCGCACAAACAGUAGAAGUGCGCAGGAUGGUUGAACAGGCGGACACUGCCUUCAAAACCACUGGAUGUCAGUGGCUGCUGCCUGUCAGUGAACUCCUAGGAUUUCCCCUCGACCAGGUGAACUUUUUGGCAUGUCAGCUGUUUGCCUUGGCUGCUGCCUUCUGGUUCCGCCUCUACCUCAGUCCCCACCAUGCCAACCCAUUGGUCAGACACGCUGUGGCCACUCUCCUCGGCAUUGCCUUCCUCAUCUUCUGCUUUGGAUGGUACUCGGCCCACAUCCUGACAGUGGUGGUCGCAAACUACCUGAUUAUUGUUAACGCUGACAUUAACAAUGUGCACAGGUAUGCCAUGGCAACAGCGAUGGGCUAUCUGACUGUAUGCCAAGUGAGCCGGGCCUAUAUAUUCAACUAUGGGAUUCUCUCCACUGACUUCUCUGGGCCUCUGAUGAUUGUCACUCAGAAGAUAACAACACUGGCUUUUCAACUCCAUGAUGGUACAUAUAAGACAUCUGAGCAGCUGACUCCAGAGCAGAAGCUUCAGGCCAUAAAGUUGUCUCCAUCACUGAGAAGUUAUGGAUUUUCUCUACAGACGGCCGUCUGUCAGAAGCUUCUCAUCUGCCUUGGCUGCAUGCUCUUCUUCCUGAUUGUGACUCGAAACCUGCCCAUAACGUUCAACGUGGACCCCCACUUUGUCGCUCACGCCCCCUUCCUCACCAGGCUCACCUACGCUUUCUUCUCAAUACAAGCAGCGAGACCCAAAUUCUACUUUGCCUGGACUCUGGCUGAUGCUGUGAACAACGCUGCUGGCUAUGGUUUCUUGGGAAUCGAUGAACAUGGCAAAGCAUCAUGGGAUCUCAUCUGUAACCUCAACAUCGUAGGGAUCGAGACUGCAACAAGUUUUAAGACAUUUAUAGACAACUGGAACAUUCGGACAGGAAUUUGGCUCAAAACUGUGUGUUAUGAUCGAGCCCCCAAACACCAGCUGCCUUUGACCUUUGUCCUGUCUGCCCUGUGGCACGGUGUUUAUCCUGGGUAUUAUUUCACCUUCAUCACAGCCAUCCCCAUCACCAUAGCAGCACGAGCAAUAAGAAAGUAUAUCCGUCACUAUUUCCUGGGUUCAAGAGGCGUGAAGAUGGGCUACGACAUUCUGACCUGGGCGGCGACCCAGCUGGCCAUCUGCUACACGGUCAUGCCUUUUCUACUUCUGGCAGUAGACUCUACUUUAGUCUACUAUAGGUCUAUGUAUUUCCAUGUGCACAUCCUCAGCAUUCUGGCUGCGAUCGCGCUGCAUCCAAAACACAAACCCAGAAACCCCUCGGCUGCCACCCACACACUCCCCUCUUCCUCUCCUUCCUCCACCCCUCCUUCGCCCUCAGCCCAGUGCCAGCUGAAGGUUCACUCCAACAACAACGGCAAACUACACUGACAUCCGCUCUACCCUCACACGGCCGACCUGAAACGGUGAAGUCAGUGUGUUACAAGUGUGGGAACAGCUUUCCUGCUGUUCUAGAAUAAAGACGUCAGACAGAAAAGACACACGGAGGGUGAGGGUCCGAACAAACAUCUCCGAUGCUGCCACGUUCAUCAUCACCACUAGGAGUGCUCCACUAUAGUCCAUCUGUGCACCAGCCUGCUGCCUCCACUCCAACAACAGCAAUGCAACAGACAAUGAAGAGGCUCACUUCCCGGCCUGUGUUCCAUCUGCACUGUCCUGCCCACUGGUGGUGGGCCGUGAGCCAGCACAGUGGGGGAACAGCCCUUUAUUAUUAAUGCACAUAACACAAACUCACGCACAAACAGACACUAGGAGAAAAAA